GUAGUAAUAAUAAUACUAAUAGUAAUAAUGGCUGCCGGUGUUGGGUCGCUGCUGCGAGAGUUCCCGCUCCUCCUGCCCCAGAACCGGGAGAAGAGCGUCUAUGAGGGCUUCGUCACCGCCCAGGGCAGAGACUUUCACAUAAGGAUAUUGUUACCAUCAGAUCUUCAGUUGAAAAAUGCCAGAAUACAGUGUAGCUGGUAUUUGAAAAAGUUGUUGGAUGGAUACCAGCAAAUUCUAAAACAGCGGUUGCAGCACUCUUCGGAUCUAGUCAGUUUCAUGGUGGAAUUGAAGACUGUUUUGGAAGUUGCCUUGAAAAACACACAAGAAGUUCAUGCGCCUCCAUCUCCACACUAUUACUCUGGUGUCAUCGGAGAUAUAGAAACUUUGGGAUGGAAUAAGGUUGUUUUUGUAGAUCCUGGUUUUAGUACCAUCAGGUUAAAAGCAGAAGAUUCCUGUGGCCGGGAACAUCUAAUAACAUUGAAAUUAAAUCCAAAGUAUCCCACAGAACCACCAGAUUGCCUUGUGGACUUGCCAGUUCAGUUCUCUGUCUCCUGGAUUCCAGAGAGCUCCUUAUUAAGCAUUCACAGUCAGUUCUUGGCAGCAUUAGAAUCAUUGAAGGAGUUUUGGAAUGCUCUAGAUGAAAUUGAUGAGAAGACCUGGGUACUUGAGCCAGAAAAACCCACACGGAGUGCCACAAUGCGAAGGAUUGCCGUUGGAAACAACAUUUCAAUUAAUAUAGAGGUAGAUCCCAGACACCCCACCAUGUUUCCUGAGUGUUACUUUCUUGGAGCAGACCACGUGGUAAAUCCCUUGAAAGUCAAGCUGAACAGCAACAUACACCUGUGGGAUCCAGAACUCAGUUUACUACAAAAUUUGAAAGAGGUUUUAGAAAUUGAUUUUCCAUCUCGAGAAGCUCUUGAAAAAUCUGACUUCUCUAUGGAUUGCGGGAUCUGCUACGCUUACCGUCUUGAUGGGACUAUUCCAGACCAAGUCUGUGAUGACCCCCGCUGUGGCCAGCCUUUCCAUCAAGUUUGUUUAUAUGAGUGGCUGCGUGGACUUCCUUCCAGUCGGCAAAGUUUUAAUGUCAUAUUUGGUGAAUGUCCAUAUUGUAACAAGCCAAUAACACUGAAAAUGUCUAUGAAGAAAGUCUGAAGUGGAAUUUCAGAAGCCUGUAAACUAUGUAUAUAUGUGCGGUCUUAAGAAUGCUAACACAUUAGACAUGAUAUCAAAGAAAAUACACAGAAAGCAGUAUUAA